AAGCCGCUCCAAAACACCGCUAUAUAAAUUUGUAUGCAACGUUUCUCCCAAACCCUUCUUGGUACUAAACCCUAGUUCUCUCUCCCUCCCCUCGGCCUCUCUCUCUCUCCUCCUCCUUCUCUCUCCUGACGCAGAACUCUGUGAAGGUGUAUUGGGGAGGUCGUCAAUAUGCUUGUGUUGUUCGAGACGUCGGCGGGCUUUGCCCUGUUUAAAGUUUUGGAUGAAGGGAAGCUCUCCAAAGUUGAGGAUUUGUGGAAGGAUUUUUCCAAUGCUGAAUCUGCUAGACAGGUGGUGAAGCUGAAAGCUUUUUCCAAGUUUGACAACAUGUCAGAAGCUUUGGAAGCAACCACAUUGUUGAUUGAUAGCAAACCUAGCAAAGGAUUGCGUAAAUUUUUACGAGCUAAUUGUGAUGGUGAAACCUUGGGUGUUGCUGAUUCUAAGCUUGGAAAUAUAAUCAAGGAGAAGCUGCAAAUAGAUUGUGUUCACAACAAUUCUGUUAUGGAGUUGAUCAGAGGAUUAAGAAAUCAAUUGAACGAACUCAUAUCAGGUCUAGCCGUUCAAGAUUUGGCCCCAAUGAGUUUGGGAUUAUCUCACAGUUUAUCUAGGUAUAAACUGAAGUUCAGUGCUGAUAAGGUGGAUACGAUGAUCAUCCAAGCUAUUGGAUUGCUUGAUGAUCUUGACAAGGAGUUAAAUACUUAUGCAAUGCGAGUUAGGGAGUGGUAUGGUUGGCAUUUUCCAGAGCUUGCUAAAAUUAUUCAGGAUAAUAUUCAGUAUGCGAAGACAGUGAAGCUUAUGGGUAACCGUGAUAAUGCGGCAAAGCUUGAUUUCUCUGAGAUAUUGGCAGAGGAGAUUGAGACCGAGUUGAAGGAGGCAUCUAUGAUAUCAAUGGGAACCGAAGUUAGUGAUAUUGAUUUGAUAAAUAUCCGAGAACUUUGUGACCAGGUGCUUUCUCUUUCUGAGUACAGAGCCCAACUAUAUGAUUAUCUAAAAAGCAGGAUGAACACUAUUGCUCCCAAUUUGACUGCACUCGUUGGAGAGCUCGUUGGUGCUCGCCUAAUUGCCCAUGGUGGCAGUUUACUAAAUCUUGCUAAGCAGCCUGGAAGCACGGUGCAAAUACUUGGAGCUGAGAAGGCUCUGUUCAGAGCUCUGAAAACAAAGCAUGCAACUCCCAAGUAUGGUCUUAUCUAUCAUGCAUCCCUAAUUGGUCAGGCAGCUCCAAAGCUCAAAGGAAAGAUCUCUCGGUCCCUUGCUGCUAAAACUGCAUUGGCCAUUAGGUGUGAUGCUCUGGGUGAUGGCCAAGAUAACUCUAUGGGACUUGAAAAUCGUGCCAAGCUGGAAGCAAGGUUAAGAAAUCUCGAGGGCAGAGAGUUGGGACGUGUUGCUGGGUCAGCUAAAGGCAAACCCCAAAUAGAGGCCUAUGACAAGGACAGAAAGAAGAGUUCCGGGGCUUUGAUAACUGCCGCCAAGACAUAUAAUCCCGCAGAUGAUUCGAUUCUUGGUAAAGUUGUGAAGUCUAAUGAGGAGGGAGCAUUGGUUCCAAAGACUGGUGGAAAUUUGGAAGCGGAGGCUCCUGUAAAUGAUCAGAAAAAGGAAAAGAAGGAAAAGAAGAAAAAGAAGAGGGCAGAUGAAGAGGAAACAGUUACGGAAGAUGCCGGGAAGGACGAGAAGAAGAAGAAAAAGAAGAAACGAACUGAAGAAGCUGCGGAAAUACAGGAUGUUGGUGAGAUCUCACCGGAGAAGGAGAAGAAGAAGAAAAAGAAGAGAAAGCAUGCUGAAGACGAAGAAGAGGAAACCGAGCAGCCAAGCAAAAAGAAAGAAAAGAAGAAGAAGAAGAAAAGUGAAGAUUGAGUAAUGAAGGGGAACCAUUUUUGUUAGCAUAAUAGGGGCUGUAAAAUUUGGCUGUUGGUAGUGCUUUAUUAUUGUUAUCAUCCCUGCACUUUUCAAGUUAUAUCUAAAUCUCUGAUGUAUUCUCCAAUUUCUUACAGAUUCUGAUUUCAUGGAGAAACUCUCUCGUUGAACAGCUUGCAUUAUUACUCUUCCGCAAAGGGAAUAUGGUAUUUGUGAUUGAAAUGUUGUUAGGCUAUGUAGUGUGGUCUCUUGAAUUUUGGGGUGCAAGUAGACCUUUCUUUUUCCCUUUUUUGGACUCACUGUGGAAAUAUGAACAUUUCCCCAACCAAGAUUAUUGCUUUA